GUUUUUGACAAAUCUUAUUAUCAAGAUUCUCUUUUACCAGAAAAUAUGUCAGAUGCAUCAAAUGAUGAUCAAAAACUUAAUACAAUUUUGAUAGAUGCUAAUUACCUUGAUGAUCCAUUAUCUACAAAUAAGAUUCCAAAUAAAUUUGGUCACAACAUUUCAGAAGAAUUAAACUUCGAACACCUCAUAUCAAGUGUCGUUCAGCCUCAAGACUUAGUCACUUUCAGUCAAUUCUCUGUUCAGUGCGAUAAAUAUGUCUUAAACAAAUUCAAGUUAAUUAUAACGUGGGCAUAUGAGGAUCCAACACUGUUUCGUGGGGGAGGAUGGACCUGGAAAACUUAAAAUCCGGAUAUCAACUCCGGAUCUUCUAAAAAGGGGAGGAGUGUUGGGG